AUGGAUUCUAAACAAUCAGAACUUAUUGAAAGGUAUCAAGAUUCCAUACUAAAGAAUCAAGAUCACAAGGAUGACGAUUUAAAUGAUGAAAUUGACGACGAUGAAUUGUUAGAUUUACUUGAUGAAGAUGAUGCAAUUUUAUCUCAAUAUAGAGAAUCAAGAAUUCAACAAUUAACUAAAGAAUUCAAAAAAAUUGAUGAAUUGUCACCAGACAAUUUAGGUGCCAUUGAAGAUUACACCGAUGAAAAGGCUUUGAUGGAAGUGGUAACCAAAUCUGAAAUAGUUUUUAUUCAUUUUUAUCAACCAAAUUUCGCUAAAUGUAAUAAAAUGAAUGAAAAGUUGAAAAUCUUAGCUGAAAAACAUUUAACUUUGAAAGUUUUAUCCAUCAAGGCCGAAACAGCUACAUUUUUGGUUGAAAAAUUGAAAAUCAAAGUAUUACCAUUUGUGGUAAUAUAUAAAAAUGGUAAAGAAUUCGAUAGAUUAGUAGGGUUUGAAAAACUUGGGAAUGAUCCAAAUGAUUUCUCAUAUGAUUCUUUAGAAACCUAUUUGAUUCGAACCGGGGUUAUAAAUAGAAGAUCCAUUAAGUUCACAUCUACAAAACCUAGUUCAUUUAAUGAUAAUAAUGAUAAUGAUGAAGGAUCAGAUUUAGAUAUUUGA